AUGGGUGUCGGUGUCUCUGUUUCAGCGAUACUGAAUCACUGCAGGUGCAAGUUUGGCUCCAAACUGCUUCGGUGAGGAAAACCUGUUCUCAUGGUUAAAGUAUCAGAAACCAACCACACACAGAUCAUAUCUGAGAAACAUAAUCAAUACCUCAGUACCUGUUCGUGGUGGUGCGUAGUCAUAAUCUAUCCCUCCUUGUUCUGCUAGACAUUGGUUAUUGUGAAAUACCCUCUCCUCUCUCUCUCUCUCUCUCUCUCUCUCUCUCUCUCUCUCUCUCUGUCUCUGUCUCUGUCUCUGUCUCCUCUCUCCAUCUCCUCUCUCUCUCUCUCUCUCCUCUCUCAGCCAGUGGUUUCUGAGGCCUACUCGUGACCUGGCAGUGUUGAACAGGAGACAGGAGAUUGUGAGAUUGUUCUCCUGCCCACGCAAUUCUGACUCCCUAAACACUUUGCAGGCCUCCCUACGCAACAUCAGGAGCAUCCCGGUAAUCCUUGACCUGUAACCCUGACCUCUGAACUUAACCCUUUCAGCGCCAUGCAGGCCUCAAUCUGCAACAUCAGUGAUGAGUAUGAAUUUGCUGUAAUUAAGCAUAUUAUUUAUCCUGCUGUAGACUCUACUGUGUACGAUGUCUCUGUCUCACAUCAAAGUCUCUGACUGGCAGGGUCUCUACAAGGUAGGAGUUCUACGACCAUUUAUCUAUGUGAAUAGCGUGUCUGAGUGUGUACUAGACAAACUACUGUGCAGUGUGAAUUGUUGUGUGAAGAGUGUGUGUGUGUGUGUGUGUGUGUGUGUGUGUGUGUGUGUGUCUGUGUGUUGUAGACAGUGUACAGUGCGGUGUGUAUCAGGGACACAGUACGUUCCCUGCCUCAGUCCAUCCAACUCUUCCAGGAGAUCAGUGAGGGAUUCUCAGAUGACCUUUACUACACGUCAGGUGCAGCUCCCAUGUUCUGUAUGUCAAUGUGUUUCGUUCUCAUUUUGUUCUGUGAUUUGUGUCUUGUACAGGUGGACUUUCAGGGCAGUUUAGCAGAAAACCGUUUCACCGUCAAACCCAAUGUGGACCCUGCUAUAGACGAGAGUGAGUGUUCAUAACAUUAGAGAAUUCUGAAGGUUAGAGUUAUGUUAGCUGAAGGUUAGGGUAAGGUUAGUUGAAGCUUAGGGUUAUGUUAGCUGAAGCUUAGGGUAAGGUUAGUUGAAGUUUAGGGUUAUGUUAGCUGAAGGUUAGGGUAAGUUUGUUGAAGGUUAGGGUUAGGUGAUGGUUAUGGUAAGGUGAAGGUUAGGGUCAUCUUACUCACCUCCGUCUGCUCCCUCUGUCAGAGAAGAGGAGGAUGAUGGGACUGUCUGAUUCCUGACGGACGUGGCUCGCAGAGAGCUGGAGCACCUGGACGCCCGCAUCCCCUCCUGCUGCGUCAUCUACAUCCCCCUGGUCUGACAUCUACUAUUACUGUCUGUCUACAUCCCCCUGGUCUGACAUCUACUAUUACUGUCUGUCUACAUCCACCUGGUCUGACAUCUACUACUACUGUCUGUCUACAUCCCCCUGGUCUGACAUCCACUACUACUGUCUGUCUACAUCCAACUUGUCUGACAUCCACUACUACUGUCUGUCUAUAUCCCUCUUGUCUGACAUCUACUACUACUGUCUGUCUACAUCCCCCUGGUCUGACAUCUACUAUUACUGUCUGUCUACAUCCCCCUGGUCUGACAUCUACUACUACUGUCUGUCUACAUCCCCUUGAUCUGACUUCUACUACUACUGUCUGUCUACAUCCCCCUGAUAUGGCAUCCAUCAUGGGGUUACCCAUCCCUGGUUUACAUGCUAACAAGGAUGCUAAAUGCUAAACAAAUAAAUCUCAAAUGUAUCUUGCUGACUGUCAGGAUCAAUAGGAUGCUGAUGCUUUCUAAAUAUCCAUAAAAUGAGGUGAAGUUGUAAUCUGGAUGGCCUAUAACAUCAACAUAAUUUAUUUAUCUCUCUCUCUCUUUUUUUUUCUCUCUCUCUCUCUCUCAGAUAGGGUUCCUGCUCUCGGUCCCUCGGUUGCCCAGCAUGGUGGAGAAAGAGGACUUUGAGAUAGAGGGCCUUGACUUCAUGGUGCGUGUGUGAUACAUGCGUAUGUGUGCUCACUGUGAGUAUGUGUUUAUGAUGUGUGUAUGUUCUCACUGUGUAUGUGUGGUGUUUGUGUGUGUGUUUAGUUUCUGUCUGAGGAGCGUCUGCACUACCGCAGUCAGAGAACCAAGAAGCUAGAUGACCUACUGGGAGACCUACACUGUGACACCAAA